CUUCAGUUCAGUGUUGAAGCGGGUCGGCGGCGGCGGCGGAUCGUCUGUAGGAUCCGGAUUAGGAGACGACCAUCACCCUCAGAGUCGGGAAUCCGGGUGAGGGUUCACUGUCCGGGCGUGAAAACAAGUUCUCAUCGAACAGUAAAAAUUGAUCACACCUGUCCCCAAAAUGCAUCAAGGUUCGAGCAGUGGAGGAGCUCCAGUGACGUCAACAACGGGAAAGGACACGGGUCCGAGCUCAGUGAUCACCGAGAUCCUGGCAAGCUGGGACGAUUUCCAGCUGCUGCAACUGACGGAAUUCUACCGGGACAGGCUGGAGCAGGCGAUGGAAGGAGGGGUGCACGGAGUGAGCCUGGCGUUAACGGCCGAGAAUCAGUUCAGCGGAGAGGAACUUCGGAAAAUCUCCGAUCUCGCUGAUAAGGGAGAGCGGGCGGACAGUUCUAAACUCCUCCUGAGCCUGGUGAUGGAGAAAGGCUCCCGCGCCCGGAGGGUGAUGUGGGAAACCUUUUUGAAAAUGCGGAUUGGUGUCCCAAAGCUGGACAGAAUACUGAAGGAAUUACAGAUAUAUGGUUGUGAUCCUUCCCAUCGACCAAUUUCCGCUCAACUUUUACUAAAGGUUCUCAGUGAGCUAAAAGAUGUUCAACAGAAACACAAGGAGACUCUGCGGGCACAAACUGAAACACUGAGAGUGAACACGAUCCUGAUGAGGGAGAAGGUGAAGGUUUUCCAGCUGGUUGAUCGAUACGCUGAGCUCACGGUCAUUUCUACUGUUCGAGAUCGGAAACUGGUGGAACAUGAGCUGCUGGCAAGAGGCAGAGACCACGAGGAGUGGAGAGAGAAACAUCUCCGUGGAGAGCUGAAGAAAAUCCGGACUGAUCAGUUGUUCCAGAGCAGCUUCUCGCGAAGUAAAUCCAAAUCUGGGAGAUCGGCAGCAGUGGCCGGAGUCGCGGGGAUCGGGAAAACAACAAUGGUACAAAAGAUUGAUUAUGACUGGGCCACGGGGAAAAUAUACCAACAGUUCCAGUUUGUCUUCAGUUUCAAAUUCCGUGAUUUAAACACCAUUAACCGCAGAAUAAAUCUGAAGGAACUGAUUCUGGAUCAGCAUCCUUACUUUGGGAAUAUCCUGAGAGAGGUCUGGAAGAACCCAGAGGGACUGCUGUUUAUAUUCGAUGGUUUGGAUGAAUUCAAUGACACAAUUGAUUUUGCUGACAGUCGGAAAGACACAGAAACUCAGUCCACAUGCACAGAUCCCGAAUUCAUGUGUAAGGUGUCUGAUAUCGUGUACAGUUUAAUCCAGCACAAGCUGCUCCCAGGGUGUUCAGUGCUGGUGACCACCCGCCCCACUGCGUUACAUUUAUUGGAAAAGGCAGAGAUCAGUAUCCGGGCUGAAAUCCUGGGAUUUCAUUGUGAAGAACGGAAGGAAUAUUUCAUCAAGCAUUUUGAAGAUCAGACGGUGGCAGAAGCUGUUUUCAAAUACAUGAAGGAGAACGAGAUCCUGUACACCAUGAGCUACAAUCCCUCCUACUGCUGGAUCCUCGCUCUGGCACUGGGCCCCUUCUUCACACAAAGUGUCAGGGACCCGCAGCGAGUUCCCAAGACCAUCACCCAACUGUACUCCUACUAUAUUUACAACAUCCUGAAAAACCACGGCCGUGAGAUUGAGAACCCCCGUGAUGUGUUACUCAGGGUUGGUCAGAUGGCCUUCAGAGGAGUGUCCGAGAAGAAGAUUGUGUUUACAGAUGGAGAUUUGAUCAAGUACAAUGUGCAGUCUUCCCAGUUCCUGUCUGGGUUCCUGAUGGAGCUUUUGGACAGAGAAUAUUCUGCCCGGAGCGUGGUGUACACAUUCCCACACCUCACCAUCCAAGAGUUUGUAGCUGCAGUCGCACAAUUCCUGAAUCCACAUCCCAGGGAUAUCCUGAAAUUCCUCACUGAAGUCCACAGCACGACAGAUGGGCGAUUUGAGGUAUUUCUCCGUUUUGUUGCUGGUCUCUCCUCCCCAAUGACAGCUCGGGGCCUGGAGGAGUUUCUGAGUCCAUUUCCUCAUCAAACAACCUGCCGGGUGAUUGACUGGGUGAAGGAGGAAGUUGAACGCCAGAGUGGAAACACAUGGAGUGAAGCAGGUAAAAGGAGCCUCCUGAACACAUUGCACUACCUGUUUGAGUCUCAGAAUCGUGGGCUGGCUCAGGCCGCACUGGGAUCUGUGGAAAGAGUUUCAUUCAGUGGAAUGACACUGACCCCGAUUGACUGUGCAGUCCUAUCUCAUGUCAUCGGAUUCUGUGAUACAAUAAAACACCUCGACCUGGAGAAAUGCCACAUUCAGUGUGAAGGAAUCCAGCGGCUGGGACCCAGGCUGCACAAGUGCCAGGAGUUGAG